CCCACACAUAGCACGCAACCGCCAAGCUGUCAGCUUUUUAUUGGCUGUUGAACUUUCGAACUGAUCUUUCAUUACAAUCUCCUCAAGCUCUCUCUCUGCUUCCAUCCCUCCGGCAAUGGACUCUACAGCCACAACAGCAAUCUCCAGCGCCAAGUCCAUCAAUGCCCUUUCAACUUCAGCCAACAACACAAAAAUAACUAACUUAACUACCUCGACUCCAACUUGGUCUCAGACUAAAUCAAAAUUACCUCACUUUUAUGCCUCGAGCAGCUUUCUAAACCACUUAAAAUCCAAAAAUCCCCAGCUUAAGAACAAAAAUUCGAAACUUUUUCUUCUUCAUUGCUCCGCAAAGCCAAAUACUGACAGAAAAAAUGCAACAGAUGAUAAUUUGUCUCUUCGGUCCGGUUCAAAUUCAACAAUCCCAGAACAAGCAGCAGCAUCACCUACAAAUGAAGGGCUUUCAUCAUUUUCAAGGGGUUUGGUUUUUGAUUUGGGAUUGAAGGACUCGUGGGAUAGUGCUGAAAUUGGCUCCCCUGUUGUAAAAAGGUUCAUUGGUGAUGAGGAAGAAAGAUGGUACAUGUGGUACUGUGGAAGGUCAAAUGGGAAAGAUUCCAUUGGAUUGGCAGUUUCAAGUAAUGGGAUUCAUUGGGAAAGAGGUAACGGGCCUGUUAAAUCAAGUUCUGAUGUGGGGAUGGUCAUGAAUUGUAGUGAUGAUUGGUGGGCUUUUGAUACUCAAGGCAUUCGGCCUUCUGAGAUUGUCAUCAUGUCUAGUGCUAAGGUUAGAGUAAACAAUUCUCUUUAUUGGCUAUACUACACUGGCUUUAAUGAUGAAAAGAUUGAGCCUUUGGAUAAUUCUGUGGCGUUUAAGUUGAGUGAUCCGAAAAGGAUGUAUUAUAGGUCAUUGCCAGGUUUAGCAAUGAGUCAAGAUGGGAGGCAUUGGGCAAGAAUUGAGGGGGAGCAUCAUAGUGGAGCUCUAUUUGAUGUGGGGUCAGAUGGGGAGUGGGAUUCCCUGUUUAUUGCAUCUCCAAAAGUUGUUUAUCAUGGGGCUGGUGAUGUGAGGAUGUAUUACCAUUCUUUUGAUGCUGAAAAGGGACAUUUUGCAGUUGGGAUUGCCAGGUCAAGAGAUGGGAUCAAGUGGGUAAAACUGGGGAAGAUUAUGGGAGGAGGGGGAAAUGGUAUGUUUGAUGAACUAGGAGUAAUGAAUGCUCAUGUUGUUAAGAAUAGAAAAGAUGGGAAAUAUGUGAUGGCUUAUGAAGGUGUUGCUGCAGAUGGCAAGAGGAGUGUUGGAUUAGCUGUUUCUUCUGAUGGGCUGAAGGAGUGGAGGAAAUUUCAGGAUGGUCCUGCGCUAAAGCAAAGCGAAGAAGAUGGCUGGGAUUGGGAAGGGGUAGGAUCACCUUGUCUAGUUCAAAUGGAUGGGGAUGCAGAUGAAUGGAGAUUGUACUAUAAAGGAACUGGCAAAGGGGGAAAGACGGGGAUUGGUUUAGCAGUGUGUGAAGGAAUUGAAUUUGCUAGUUUUCAGAGAUGGACAGGGUUUCACCUGUGACUUGUCAGGCAUUUUCUCCCCUGCUCUUCACCAUAUGAGGGGGUGAAAGAUGACCUUUGCCUUUGGUUCAAACAUGUACCUUACUUCAUUUGUAAAUCUGGUACUACAAGCUAAAGAGGAGCAGUCAGGCUCGUGGCA